GCCGUAAAUGAGAAGGCACAAGGAUGACGCUUGGCAUUUAUUGCCCGGUGGAGUUUUGGUCCAAAGAGACCAACCAGAGUAUUCCUGUGGAUUUCCUUUUACCCACCGGCAUCUUUUUAACCCUCCCCAUUUCCUGCCAUGCAACCCUACGCACCAUCAAAAAGGUGCUCUGGCAGCAUGCCCAGUAUGAGCCUCUUUUCCACAUGCUCAGUGACCCCGAGUCGUACGUCUUCACGUGCAUCAACCAGACCGCCGAGAGACAGGAGCUGGAGGACGAGCAGCGGCGCCUUUGUGACAUCCAGCCCUUCCUUCCCGUCCUGCGGCUGGUGGCCCGGGAAGGGGACCGGGCGAAGAAGCUGAUCAAUUCCCAGGUCAGCCUCCUGAUCGGCAAAGGGCUACACGAGUUCGAUUCCCUCGGUGACCCGGAAGUGAAUGACUUUCGCACCCAAAUGCAGCAGUUCUGUGAGGAAAGAGCAGCCCGGCGCCAGCAGCUCAGCUGGAAGGCUUGGAUGGAGUACAGCUUCCCGGUCCAGCUGGAACCCGUAGCUAACGGGCUCGGGAAAAAAAGCCCCCUUCAAAUCCCAAACAAGAACCUUUUCGUCAAUGUCAAGUUCGAAUCCGGAGGGGAAAGUUUUACAUUCCAAAUCUCUCCCAAGGAGGUCCCAGCAACACUCAUGAGCUACGCCAUCAAAAAGCAAGCAACCAUUUUCCGCCACCAAAAAGUGAACAGCCCAGAAGAUUAUGCCCUUCAAGUUAAUGGGAAAUAUGAAUAUCUUUACGGGAAUUAUCCCUUGUAUCAAUUCCAGUAUGUCCGUCACUGCCUUCACCGUGGCCUUCUGCCCCACCUCACUAUGGUUCACUCUUCCUCCAUUUUGGCCUUGUGGGAAGAACAGACCAACGGGAUCACUUCUCCCCCCAAAGCGGGGACCAGGCCGCCUCCGGUCCCAAAGAAAAAGCCAACAUCUGUAUCUCUGUGGUCCCUUGAGCAGCCUUACUAUAUCGACUUGAUACAGGGGAGUAAGGUGAAUGCCGAUGAACGGAUGAAGCUGGUGGUCCAAGCCGGUCUGUACCAUGGACACGAGAUGCUCUGUAAGAUGGUUUCGAGCCCUGAGGUCAGUGUCUGCUCCGAGCCCGUGUGGGGACAGAGGCUUGAGUUCGAGAUCAACGUCUGUGACCUGCCUCGCAUGGCCAGGCUCUGCUUGGCUCUCUAUGCUGUUGUGGAGAAAACCAAGAAAGCCAGAUCCACCAAGAAGAAGUCUAAAAAAGCGGAUUGCCCCAUUGCCUGGGUCAACGUCAUGCUGUUUGACUUCCAAGACCAGCUGAAGGCUGGGGAGUGCUCCCUCCCCAUGUGGUCCUCGUUUCCCGAUGACAGAGGAGAGCUUUUGAACCCCAUGGGGACCGUCCAGACCAAUCCUAAUACCGAAAGCGCAGCAGCUUUGGUCAUCCGUUUCCCGAGCAUUUCAUCCUACCCGGUGUAUUAUCCAUCCUUCGAACAGAUCCUGGAGCAAGGAAGGAACGAACCCUCUCCCAGCUAUGGGUUGGAAGACCCAGAAGAGAUGCAACAGCUGCGGGAGAUCCUGGAACGCAGAUCCCAUACCGAGCUGUAUGAGCAUGAGAAGGACCUCAUGUGGAAGAUGAGGCAACAGAUCCGAGACCACUACCCCGGGGCGCUGGCAAAGCUGCUGGUGGUCACCAAGUGGAAUAAACACGAAGACGUUGCUCAGAUGAUUCACUUGCUUCAAUCGUGGCCUGAACUGCCGGUUCUCAGUGCCCUUGAGCUGCUAGAUUUCAGCUUCCCCGACCGCUACGUGGGUUCCUUUACAGUCAACUCGCUGAAAAAGCUGACAGAUGCUGAGCUGUUCCAGUACCUCCUGCAGCUGGUCCAGGUGCUGAAAUACGAAUCGUAUUUCGACUGCGAAUUGACCAGGUUCCUCUUGGACCGGGCCUUGUCGAAUCGCAAAAUAGGCCACUUCCUUUUCUGGCACCUCAGAUCAGAAAUGCACGUGCCUUCUGUCUCCAUAAAGUUUGGUUUGAUCCUGGAAGCUUAUUGCCGAGGCAGCAUCCACCACAUGAAAGCGCUGAUGAAACAGAUCGAAGCCCUCAACAAGAUGAAAGCCUUGAGCGACAUCAUCAAAGCCAGCGCCCAGAAGAACACCAAGCCUCAAACCAAGGAGUUUAUGCACACCUGUAUGCGCCAAGAGACUUACCUCGAAGCCCUCUCCAACCUCCAGUCCCCCUUGAACCCCAGCGUCAUUCUGGCCAAAGUGAGCGUGGACCUUUGCACUUUCAUGGACUCAAAGAUGAAGCCGCUGUGGAUUGUUUUUAAUAACGAGGAGAUGGGGGGAAGCACCGUGGGUGUCAUCUUCAAGAAUGGAGAUGACCUUCGUCAGGAUAUGUUGACCCUGCAAAUGAUCCAGCUCAUGGAUAUCUUGUGGAAGAAAGAAGGCCUAGACCUGAGAAUGACCCCUUAUGGCUGCCUUUCCACGGGAGACAAGACGGGGCUGAUCGAGGUGGUCAUGAACUCGGACACCAUCGCCAACAUCCAACUCAACAAAAGCAAUAUGGCGGCCACCGCCGCCUUCAACAAGGAUGCCCUUUUGAACUGGCUAAAAUCCAAGAAUCCUGGCGAGGCUCUUGACCGAGCCAUCGAGGAAUUCACGCUCUCCUGCGCCGGAUACUGCGUGGCCACGUACGUGCUGGGGAUUGGUGACCGUCACAGUGACAACAUCAUGAUCCGGGAGAACGGCCAGCUGUUCCACAUUGAUUUCGGCCACUUCCUGGGAAACUUCAAGACGAAAUUCGGAAUCAACCGUGAGCGGGUUCCUUUCAUCUUGACGUAUGAUUUUGUCCACGUGAUCCAGCAAGGGAAAACAAACAACAGCGAGAAGUUUGAACGAUUCCGAGGGUACUGCGAAACAGCCUACAUGAUCCUGCGAUGCCACGGCCUCCUCUUCCUGCACCUCUUUGCACUAAUGAAAGCAGCUGGACUGCCGGAACUGAGCUGUUCCAAAGACAUCCAGUACCUUAAGGACUCGCUGGCCUUAGGGAAGACCGACGAAGAGGCCAGGAAACAAUUCCAGCUCAAGUUUAACGAAGCCUUGCGGGAAAGCUGGAAAACCAAAGUGAACUGGCUGGCCCACAAUGUUUCCAAAGACAAUCGGCAGUAGCUGAGCCCCUUCGUCCUGCAGAGGGAUGGUUUGAAGACAGGUUUACCUCUCUCUUUUUUGCCUGUUAGCCUGAAGUGGCCAGGUGGGGAGCUUCUCCUCUGCCAGGAGGCAACCCGUAACGCCCACCCGACUGCAGAGGAUAGUGUUCCGAGACGGUGCCCUGGAAUGUCUUUUUGCUUGGAGCUGCGAGUUCGGGACAGGGUCGGCCCUUGGCCUGGCUACCUACGCAGGAAGAAAGAGAGCUAACAGAACAGUUGGUUCGCCCUUUGUCUGCAGCCGCCUGCUUUUGAAGAAUGACUUUCUGCGGUGUGUAUGUGAAAUGUUUUAUAGCGAUAGAGUGGACGUGUUUGAUGUUUGUUUGCUGGUCGUGUGGAAAACCUCCAGGCCCAAAAAAAGAGCCGGUCUCUUUAAAGCAGAGGUUGUCAACCCGUGGUCCGCGGCCCGGUGCUGGUCCAUGGCCUGAGCUGGACCGGGCCGCAGAGACAGACCUCCUGCCCCUCCUCCCCACAGCUGUUUUGCACACGCGCGUGCGUCCCAGCGUGAGCACUCCUCCACCUUCCUCCGAGGCUCGGCCAGUCCGCGGUCCCAAAAAAGUUGGGGACCGCUGCUUUAAAGGACAGAAAAAGGAGGAUUUGUAAUGGUACCUGUGUUCGUCUUUCAUAUUUCUUUCUAAAAUUAGCCAGAAAUGAUACAGAUACUGUGUGAGUUCACUGUUAUGACUCGUGGUUGUCACUCAAGAGAUCGGUCAAAAAGCAGACAAACCACAUUGCCCAUAGCUACUGAGACCUGGAACCAAACAAGUCUUAAAAGCCAAAAUCUGCCAGUUGUGCUGAACGACAACUCCCGUGAGCUCCCCAAGAGAUUAGGAACGCCAGCAUACAUUGAUUGCCGUUUGAAAAGUAGACACCUUUCCUCUUUAAAACUACCUCCUGGACUCUCGUCUCUGGAUGCUUUUACGCUGCAUUUUUGUAGCGUCAGAAUUCCCCCCAAAGUUGUUCCUGCCUGUUCAGGGGAGAAUCUGUAAACACAAACAUCCGUAAAGCGUUUUAGUAGAAGUGCGUAACUUGAAUUCGCUCAGCCAGGUCACAGUGGUGGUGGUGGGGGAGGUUUCCAGUUGACAAUGUUUUAGUCGCCACUUAAAGGCUGGACAGAUUUUCUUUUAAGGUUCAUAGCACGAAACAGUCAAAAGGUAAAACGGGACAGAUGUCAAAGUUUUCGCCAGAUUUCUGGACAUGCCAGGAUGGGAGAUACAGAUUAUCAGAAGUAGCUGUCUUUUCGUGUUAUCCGAUAGGCCAAGAUCACAACGGACUCACUUGGGAGCUACAAUCGGUGCUUUACAAAGCAGAAGUAUGGUCAGUUUUUUUUAAUGUAAAUAUUUUGCCAAGAUCUGCGAAAGUGGCACUGAACGGAGGUACUAGAUAUAAGCUGACACUGUACUGUUUAAGCCAAAGAAUUCCAUUUACAAAUGUUUACAUAACAAUUUUAAGUGUUUGUCGGAGGUGCAAAUAUAGAUAUAUUUGGUCAUCGCGUUCAAGUCUUCUUAUUUUUUUUAGCAAAAUGACUUCUCCAAAGCCUGUGGAAGUAGAACAACAGUUGUCAGCUGGUUAUCUGGUUGUGGCCAGAUAACCAGCUGACAUUUCCAUGCUCAAGCAAUACCUUUCCACACAUAGGCCAUCUUUUCAAAACAGAAUUUAAUCUAAUGGUACAAAAUCGUUCUGGGAAGGGUGGACAGAAUAACUUAAGAGGUCCUUGGAGGCUGGAAAUGAGAACUGUAGUCACAAAUACCUAAUCACAGAAGUGAGAGUAACGAGAAAUGCUCUAUUUCUAUACAGGCUCAGCAAAG